AUGUCUAUCACCGAGUGUUCCGAUGGCAUCUCCACAAAUACAGACUCCACCAAUGGAUACCAAGGUCCAGCCUCGAGCAGUCCAAUCCUCAAUCCAGCUCAAUCAACCUUAUCUCCAGGUCAAGCCCAUGUCAUUAUCACCAAUCUAGUAAACAUUAACGGCAUUGUUGAUAGCCGCCUCCAAAGCCUGAAGCUCCGACUUCACAGUUCCACCGCAGACGGGUGCGUUAUCGAUGAUAGGAGUCAGUAUCAGUCUGGUGUCGGUCCUGAGAGGGUGAAUUACCGCUUUGGCAGAGUUGCAAAUAUCCUCUUGGUUCUGCUUGGUCAAGGUGCUGUCACAUGGGAGACUAACUCCUGUGACGAGGGUCACAAUGUUGUUGUCAAAGCCGGUAAUGAUAUCCUUGGCGAGGGUAAUAACGUCUGUGGUGCCGGCGAUUUUGCCCUUCAGGUCGGUGACUUGCUGGGUCAUUUCAUUAAGAGCAGAGACAACCUGCUGAGCGCAGCUGAUCUCGGAGGAGGGAACUGGGCUGGCGAUAGCGGAGAUGGCAAAGAGGGCCGAGAUGAUAGGAAGCUUGAACUGCAUUUUGACGGUGGAAUGGAGGCGAGAAUGAGUUCGAUAAAGAAGGCAAGACUGGAGAGAGAUGUUUGA